AUGUCUAAUCAUGCUACGCGAGAUGCGACAGUCAUUCUGACCGAUAGUAACAACUGGACAGCGUGGUAUCGCCAACUUAAAAUCAAAUGUGAAUCACUAAAGAUUUGGGCACUCGCAGAUCCAGAGGGCUCGCAAGAACCACAACCAAAACCAACGCUUCCGCUCCCUCCCGUACUAUCGAAUUACGAAUCGAUCGCGACUUUACCGUCGAUUACAAGCACCGCGUCGAGCUCCCGAACCCGUGGUAACACGCAACCUUCACGACGCGACGAACCCAUCGUUGUAGACAUACCUACGCGAGUCUCCGAUCUGACGACCUCCGGACGAGAAGAAUAUCGAGAAGAUCGUGAAGACUACAAGAUGCGCAUGGAAGCGUACAGAUUCCUCGAAAAGGAAUACAAGGAGGAACAGGCAAAGUAUGAAAAACUGCUUGUUCACAUCUUAGGGACUGUGUCGCCCCAUCUGCAACUUAGUUGCUGCCACACGGGAAAUAGCGUGCGAGAAUGGAUUAAGUCACUCCAAGAGACUGUCGGAGUGGAUCCCGAAGAAGAAAGAAUCCGAGCAAGAGAAAGAUAUCUCGGAGCUCUCAGACCCAUGAGAACCCCAAACAACUGGGAACCGUGGUUGAUGGAAUACGACCAAGCAGCCACUCGGGCGGAAGCCUUAGAAGUGAGCGAGGUACGAAACACCAAGGAUGUGAUACGAGACUUCCUAGACGCCGUCACAAAAGUGGCCCCAAACUGGGUAGCCACCUUUUCUGGGCCAGGAUAUGACAAGGCAGCCAUGGAUAGGAAGAAGGUGAUGAAACUCUUCCGAGAACAUAUGAGCCAAUCCAACCCAACCAAGGGCAAGCAGAAGAGCGCUUUCGCUGCAGGAGAGGCAUCAUUUCUCGCUGGCGGUGAAUCCGACCAGGAUACACUCAGGGACGCCUCAGAUGUAUCGCAAAGAGCACCACCCGCCCAGUCACAGGGCAACCUGGGGAAACCCGGGAAGAAAAGAAAACGGGAUGGUCAAGAGACCAAAUCCAAGCAGUUCCCGAAGAGGAAUACCGCGGCAGCGGGAGAUGAAUGUCCUGCUUGUGGACAGCGCCAUAAUUUAUCAGACUGUUACUACGCAUUUCCUGAGAAAGCACCCGAUUGGUUCAAACCAAAUCGGACAAUUGCCAGGUUAGUUGAGCACAGAACAAAAUUCGAUAACGAGCUACAGGGAGCAAUGAACAGCCUUAUCCCAACCAGGAGGGAAGCACGCCUCACAAGCUCAUCUAGAUCGUCAAGCACGCCUCAGAUGAAGAUGUCACAAACACCAGACGCUCAAGUUGGCUGA